AUGUAUGUUGUGAUCCCAUUUUCUCCCUCUCUUGAUCUCUUAUAUAUUAGUGGACAAAAAGAUGAAACAAUACCGUUUCAGUUUCAUAUAUACACUCUCCUUGCAUAUCUAAUCUUCCUCCCUCACCCUCUUGUCUAUAUUUUCUUUGUAUGCAUCAUGUUACCGCCACCUUAUCACCUUAUGCCUCUAGAUCUUAAUCAAGAUCAAAACCAUGAUCAUCUUUCUAGUCCAACUCAUCUUGCCUCUUCUUCUUCAUUUUCUUCUCCAUCAUCAUCAUCUUAUCCUAACCUACCAGAUCAAGUUCUAGAUGAACCGUCUUACUACUUCGAAACAAAGCAUGAUUAUGAAGAGGUUAAGAAGAUUACUAUUCCAUCAAGUGGAUCAAGCGCGGAAAACCACGAGAGCAGCAGAAGCAAACAUAAGCUAACAAUUCGCUGGAAGAAAGAAGAAACUAGUACCGAUGAAACUCAUAAUAUUCAAGCUGAUUACGAUCAAGAUGGUAAUUCAAUGAAGUGGAUGUCAUCAAAGAUGAGAAUAAUGAAAAAGAUGAUGGCUACUGAUCCUCAAACCGGUGAAGCUAAACCAGUUAAGUUUGAAGAUCAACAACAACAAGGAACAGAUAAUAGCAGCAACAAUAGCAACAACAAUUACUCGACUCAUCUCAGCUAUAAUAGCCCUACUAUUAGGGUUUGUUCCGAUUGCAACACCACUAAGACACCUCUUUGGAGGAGUGGACCUAGAGGCCCCAAGUCACUUUGCAACGCGUGUGGGAUUAGACAAAGGAAGGCGAGACGUGCCAUGGCAUUGGCUGCAGCGUCUGAAAACGGAACAACAAUAGCUGAUCAUGAGACAUGUUCUGCAAAGAGAAAAAAGUUGCAGAAGAAAAAAGAGAAUAAGUCCAAAAUUGAGUUUGAAUGUUCACCACACAUGAAAAAGAAACGCAAGCUUGAAGCAACAACACCAUCUCAAAUUAGUAGAAACAAGUUCAUCACUUUCGAGGAUCUAAGAUUAAGCUUGAACCAGAACCUAGCUGUUCAACAAGUUUUUCCUCAGGAUGAGAAGGAAGCUGCGAUCCUUCUCAUGGCUUUAUCUUAUGGACUAGUCCAUGGUUAA